AUGACUGUGGGCACAAAGUUUCAAUCUCCUUUGAUGCCAUCAAAUAUAUCACCAAUGACGAGAAAUUUUCCAAUGAACAUUUUUUCAUCAACGCAACAACAUAAUCAGCUAACAGCAGACACUAAAGGACUUUUAAACGGUCCCGGACAAAACAACUGCUUUCUCAAUUGUGCCGUACAGAUUUGUGACUCCAUUGAAUUGUUCUGUAAACAACAUAAACACAGACAUUAA